AUGACUAUCCUCAAUUCAGAUUUGAGUGACCCAUUUGGAAUCUUAGCUAUUAGCGGGGAAUAUCUUUAUUAUACAAGAACACCAGAAUCAUUGAAAGUUGAUGGAUUUGAAGUAGCCAUGGCAAUAUUAGGAGCAGUAGAGGUGGUUGCAAGCUUUUAUUUUAAUCCAAAAAAUUGGACAUCCAAACAUGUUUCCGAAUAUCUUUAUUACUGUUUACAAUCAUCAUCGUUAUCAUACCCACCAAAAAUCAUAUCAGAAUUGACAAAUUAUAUUAAACAAGAUACCACAAAUUUUAAUGGAAGAAAAUUUUUAAGAUUAAAAGAAGAUCAAUUGAAACAAAUGGGAUUUAAUAAUAAUAGUAGCAAUGAUGAUGAUGAUGAUGAUAAAGAAAAUAAAUGGAUAAAUUUGAUAAUGAUUGGAGUUAAAUCAUUGAGAAGAGAUAUGUUGAAAGAUAAAAUUUUAUUAAAAAAUAAUAAUAAUAAUAAACAACAUGAUAAUUAUGACGAUGAUGAUCAAAGGGAAGGAUAUUUUAAUUAUUUUGAUUAUAAUUAUGAAGAUGAUGAUCUAAAAGAAAAGGAAAAGGAAAUAAAUAAUGAUAAAAAACCUUUAAAGAAAUCAUAUUAUAAUGAUAGAUUUUUACAAGGUCUUAUUAUUGGUAGUAUGAUUGUGUUUGCAUUUAUGCGUAUGAAAUAA